AUGGCUGUAUGGGAAAAUAAGACUCAGAAAAUCCCCACCCCUGGCAGUGCUCCUCGGCUGUUUGACCUGGUGGCAGUGAAGGACGAGAAGGUUCGCCUGGCGUUUUACUUCGCCCUGCGGGACACCCUCGUCGUCAGUAACCUGGAGGAAGCCACCAAAACCGCAUUCCAAAAAGAUAAACGCUGGAGGGUGGUAACACUGCAGGGACAAGUCAUCGAACAGUCGGGAACAAUGACUGGUGGUGGUGGGAGAAUAAUGAAGGGCAGAAUGGGUUCCUCAGUCGUAACGGAUAUUUCAGAAGAAGAGGUCAGUAAAAUGGAAGGUCAGCUGCAGAAGGACUGUCAAAGAGUGAUGCAGUAUGAAGAAGAGAAAUUACAACUUGAAGAAGCCAUAAGGAAACUGGACCGAGAUGUUUGGGAAAUGAGAAAUAAUUUAGAAAAGUACACAGCAAGUAUCCAGAGCUUAUCUGACCAAGAAAUUCUUCUAAAAACUGAAGUUAAGAAACUUGAAGCUAAUGUAAUUGCUGCUGCUCCAAACAAAAACAAACAGAAGGAACUGGAAAACGCCUAUAAUAGUUAUAAAAAAGAUUACGAGCACGCGGCUGAGAAGGCCGGGCGAGUAGAGGCCGAGGUCAAGCGACUGCACAACCUGAUCCUCGAGACCAACGCCCGCAAACUCCAGGCGCAGCAAGACAAGCUGGAUAAGAUCCACAGGGACAUAGACGAGUGCACUUCGGCAGUCAACAAAGCCCAGGUGGAGGCCAGGAGUGCGGACAGAAACCUGAAAAAAUUCAAAGAGUCUGUUCUUCGUACGGAGAAGGAAAUUGAAGAGAACAACAAAGAAAUGAAGAACUUGACAGAAGAGCUGACUACGCUAGAAGACAAAGCCACGGAGGUUUUGAAUGAAUGCAGGCAAGCUGAGGAAACAUUACCAGAAGUUCAGAAGGAGCAUCGCGCUUUACUCGAGGAGAUUAAAACUAUUCAGGAUGAUGAACACACACUUCGGAAGGAAGCUCUUAAUAUUAAGCUGAAAAUUGAACAAAUUGACAGUCACAUUUCUGCACACCAGUCAAAGAUUAAAUACUGGCAAAAAGAGAUCUCAAAGUUAUCACUGCACCCCAUAGAAGAUAAUCCACCUGAAGAACUCCCAGUGCUAAGUCAAGAGGAGCUCGAGGUCAUCAAGGAUCCCAGUGUCAUCACUAAUCAGAUAGCUCUCCUGGAAGCCCAGUGUCAUGAAAUGAAACCCAACCUGGGGGCUAUUGCAGAAUACAGGAAGAAGGAGGAGCUGUACCUGAAACGUGUGGCCGAGCUGGAUGACAUCACCAACAAGAGAGAUGAGUUCAGGAAAGCGUUUGAAGAGCUUCGGAAACAAAGGCUGAAUGAGUUCAUGGCAGGAUUUAAUGUGAUAACAAACAAGCUGAAGGAGAACUACCAGAUGCUCACUUUGGGAGGGGAUGCAGAGUUAGAGCUCGUGGACAGCCUGGAUCCCUUCUCUGAGGGGAUUGUGUUCAGUGUUCGGCCUCCAAAGAAGAGCUGGAAGAAGAUAUUUAACUUAUCGGGAGGAGAGAAGACCCUUAGUUCACUGGCUCUGGUUUUUGCUCUCCAUCAUUACAAGCCGACACCACUUUAUUUUAUGGAUGAGAUUGAUGCAGCACUUGACUUCAAAAACGUAUCUAUUGUAGCAUUUUACAUAUAUGAGCAAACCAAGAAUGCCCAGUUCAUCAUAAUCUCCCUGCGGAACAACAUGUUUGAGAUGGCGGACAGACUGAUUGGCAUUUACAAGACUCACAACACCACGAAAAGCGUGGCAACGAACCCCAAAGUGAUCGCAGCCAAAGGCCUGAAGGAACUCAGUGCUCUUGGGGUGACUGUGGCUCAGAAGUAG